UACAAAGGGCAAUACUUUCGGUCUCUUGUCUCUUUUCAACUGAGCCCCACUUUUAGGUUCAUGGUCGGCGUGGAUUUCCACUCUUGUUUUCUCUUUACACAUUUUAAAAUUGUCUACAUCUGAAGGCAACGUGCACUGUUGUAUCCACAUCCAAAUACUUCAAGAAUUAAAAAAGAAGAAGAAGGAGCUGUCUUGUUUUUGUUUUCUUCUGUGUCUUUGUGUUUCUGCUACAUGGGAUUUGUUUCUUUGAUUUGACUCUCUGGCUCUGAAUUCUUGGAUUCUUUACGUGAACAGUUUCAGGUCUCCAAUAUUCUUCAGGUUGAUUGCAGUUUCGAAUCUUGCUUUGCAUUCUUGAGCAUUUUGGGAGGGUCGGUGUUGCUUCUCGUUUGAUUAAUCAACAUCUCAUUCCAGAAAUUUCUAACCCUGCUGGAGCAUGGCUAUCAGCGGGGUUUCAUCUGUUAAAUCAAAGAAGAGGUCCUGGAGUAUCAGCCCUGCAUUGACAUCUGCUGCUUUGGAAUGGUUGCUAAUGUGCAUGCUCUUCAUCAAUGCUAUAUUCUCGUAUUUAAUUACAAAAUUUGCAUGUCAAUGGGAGUUGCAAACCCCGUGUUUGCUAUGCUCAAGACUGGAUCAUAUUUUGGGCUCUAAAAAGUUGAAAUAUUAUUGGGAUUUGAUCUGUGGCAAUCAUAAGUUAGAGAUCUCAUCCUUAGUUUUCUGUCACGCUCACAAUAAUCUUGUCAAUGUCCAUGGAAUGUGUGAAAAUUGCCUUUUCUCAUUUGCCACAACCAAUAAGUCCAAUGCUGAAACGUAUAGGUUGUUGGUGGGGAAGUUGGGGGAGGAUUCUAGCUUUGUUUUAGAUCAGGACUCACUACUUGAUGGUCAUAGCUCAGUUGCUAGACAAUGUUCUUGUUGCAAUGAACCAUGGAUUCCAAGAGGAUAUUGCCAAAAGCUGAUGCGGGCUAUAUCAGUUGAUUCUGGGGCUGCUGAUCUUGAUGUCCCUUUAUCAGGUGCUAUUAAACAUGACUGCAGCAACCUGAAGAAGAGUAAACAAUCUAUACCCAUCAGAAGUACUCGACAGAAAACUAGUGGGUUUGAUCAUUUAUCUCAUGUAGGGUACACCGAACUUAAGUUCAACUCUGAUACUGAAUCUGAAGUCAUGUUGUCUGAUGAUGAUGGCAAAAAUGCUGUACACGAAGAUAUUUCAGUUGGAUACGUGAAGCCAGAACCUUGCACUACCAGUCUACUCGAUGAUUCUGUUACUGAGAAACUGAUCGAUCCAGUUUCUUCACCUGAGCCUUCAAUUUUGGCUUCAAAGGUGCAAUCAGAUGCUAUCAACUCGCAUACUGUCACAGCAAUAGCAUCUAGAGUUCCUAUUGAGCAUGAUUUGGAGGAGCUUAAUUGGCAACAAGCUGAUUGCAAGGCUGAUUCCUCUACACCUCCUGAGCUCAUUUCCCAUGAUAACGUUCCUCCAUCACCAAUUGCCAGUGACAGCCCUCAAAAAGCAUCAAAAGAAAGAGAGAUUAUUUCUCUAGAUGACGUUCCUCAAUCAUCAAAUGCGAAAGAAACUCCACCGGAAGCAUCAGAUGAGAACAGGAUUAUUUCAGUAGACAGUGUUCGUCCAUCAACAGAGAGGAUAAAUCCUGACAAACUUUCACAGGAGAGCGAGCUCAUUUCGCUUGUUGAUUUCCUUCCAUCAACAAAUGGAGCAGAAACUCCUGUUCAAGGAUUAAAAGAGAGCUGUGUAUCCAGAGAAGAGGAAGCUUGGCAGACAUCUGUGACAGGCGGUGAGGAUCUCUGCAAGGGAGAAAGUCAGCCAGCUAGAAGAACUGACACAGCUUCAGAAAUAAACCCUAGUUCUAGUGACAAUGGUCAGCACUUUGCAAACUUAUUGGAUCUCAGUGAUGCUUAUAAGCUAGCUGUUGGGAAUAGGGGAAGGCAGUUGUCUGGUGUUCUUGCUGAACAAAGGGCUGUAAAGGAUUCUUCAAGACUUAGCGAAGAUUUGAAGCUUUUACUCUCACAACUCUCUGCUGCUAGAGAGCAGUCAAUGAAUGAUAUGAGUCCUAGAGUCCCUAUGAGUCCCAGAGUACCUAUUAGUCCUAAAUUAUCUAUUAACAGUGACGAAGUAAAGACUUCUGAUGCUUCUAGUAUCAUAGGAAUGCAAAUUCUUCAAAAGCGAAUCACGCUAGAAAGAAAUGAGUCUGGUCUAUCUUUGGAUGGAAGUAUUGUCAGUGAAAUUGAAGGUGAAAGUGACAUUGAUCGGUUAAAACGGCAGGUUGAGCAUGAUAAGAAAUUGCUGAGUGCUUUGUACAAAGAACUGGAGGAAGAAAGGAACGCAUCCACAAUUGCUGUAAAUCAAGCUAUGGCCAUGAUUACUCGAAUACAGGAAGAGAAGGCAACACUCCACAUGGAAGCUCUGCAGAGCCUAAGAAUGAUGGAGGAGCAAGCUGAGUAUGAUAUGGAAGCAUUGCAAAAAACGAAUGACCUUCUCACAGAAAAGGAGAAAGAGGUCCAAGAUCUAGAAGAGGAACUUGAGUUUUAUAGGAGUAAGUUCCCCAACGAAGCAAUCUUUGAGACACCAAUUUCUGACAGAAAGGCAACAGGUACGAGAGCGGAUCACUCUGAAGCUGGAUGUAUAGAAGAUAGUGCAAGCACCAGUAAAAACUCAGUUGAAGAAAAACAAGUUGAAGGAACGAACACGUCACUUGCGGAUAAGAAUAUCAUUACUGUGAAUAGUUCAUUGCUUGAUUUUGAAGAUGAAAAGUCGUAUAUCACACAAAGUUUGAAGAAGUUGAAAAGGAAGCUUCAUCUAUUUUCUAAUAAUGGACUAAGCUUAGAGUUGAUCAACAGUGAAUAUUCUGGAGACAAGGAAAAUGACAUGAGGGAUCUGAAUAGCAAAGCGGGAGCUGAACAGAAUGGUGGGGCAGAAGAGAGUAAAUUAUCAAUGACCGAUAGAAGAAAUGAGCCUGUUCAAGGACCCUUACUAGAGAAAUCUUUAGGUUCCACUCAAGAAACUGAUCUAAAUUCUCUAGUAAAUGAAGUUUCUGAUCUAAGUCAGAAGGUGGAAGCUCUUGAGGCAGACCAGAAUUUCCUUGAGCACAGCAUUAACUCAAUCAGAUAUGGAGAGGAAGGGCUUCAAUUCAUUCAGGAGAUAGCUUCUCACCUGAAAGAAUUGCGAAAGAUCGGGAUACAACAAAGAGAGCAAAUCACUGCUUAAGGCUUUUGUAUACAACAAAUGAUAAAUGUGCUUAGUUAUGCUAAAAGACACAUCGAUACGCCGGAAUGUAAAGAAAAAUUGCCGAACAUGGUAUUGAAGAUUGGCAAUCAAGUGUACAGUCUCACAAGGUUGUUUUCUCUUUGGACAAAAUCCAUAGGAUUGAAUGUCAGAGCAGUGUCAUUUCCCAUAAUUCCUUGGUUUGCAGUGAUCACAAGUUACCAGUCCCCUGCCCCCUUCAAACAUGAGCUUGGAUGGGGGGUUUCUUCUUUAUUUUUUGAUUUUGAGUGUGAUUAGUGAAUGCAUAGUUACCAUAGUUGAUUUCUGUGUGGAUAUUGUUGACCAUUCAAAUAAUACAAAAGUUUUUUUUUUU